AGCAGAGACCGUGUGUGUGAGUGUGUGAAGAGACCGCGCAUGUGUGGCUGUGGGAUGCACUGAGCGGAGCUGACGGCAGAGGGUAAGGGGUUGUGAUGAAUGGCAGUGGAGGGAUGAUAGCAGAGGAGACGGACAGACGGAGAAGCUUGAGGUUCACCUGAAGAAGAGAAGGAAGAAGGAAGAGAGAGAAAUAAGGACAGACAGCUGAGAGACAACAGAAGGUCUGGCCGCUGCGCAGAAUCUGCUGAACUGUUUGUGUAAACGGAGGUAACAGAAGGGUGAUGGAGAAAAAGAUGCAGGAGACAGAUGAUCAGCCACAAAUAGAAAGGCUGAAGUAGACAGGCGCAAAAGAGGAGAGGCGAAGAGGAGCAGAGGACACAGAGGUAGACGGAUGCAGCCUGAUGUUUCCACCUUACAACAGCCUCCUCCAUCUUACGUCUCCUCCAUGUUGUUGAAACCUCAAGAACAUCAAAACGGGCAGGAGAGAGCAUCCCCCCGCUGAUGAGACGUCCUCCAGACAAAGACGAAAUCAUCAAGCUGAUGGCAAGACUAUGAGCAAGCAGGACGUGAGGAAAGCUGGAAAUAUGACAAACACGUAGUCAGACAGGAAUGCAAAGGGUGGUGCCAUGCACAUGAUGGAGAAUUAUCAGAGGGUAGGAAUGUUCUGCGAUGUGUGUGUUCAUGCCACUAAAAGACGAAUGGACCAAAGGAAUCUUGAACCUCUGGUAUGAGUCUGAUGACGCAGCACAGAGAAGGACGUCAAACUGUUACUGCUCUCUUUGCUUAGCUUUGAAGACUGAAGAUCUACCUUUAAACAAUAAACCUCUGCACUCCCUCAUCUGAGGAAUUCAAGAAGCUUGGACUUUAAUGGAGUCAUUGCAACAUUUCUCUGGAGUUUUAUAGGACUACUCCCUGAAAGACCUUCUCUCCUACUCAUCAAAAGCCAAGGGGUCAAACAGAGUCUCCUGACCACACAGUACCAGAGCAGGAAGGCAGACCGAAGGCCAAAUUUUUCUUUUUCACAUGCUCAAGUCAUGAUAAAAAACGACCACAGCUGCAACAAGGAAGUGUAGUGGUGGUUUUAAUGAUACGUAUUUAGUUUCCUUCUGCAGGAAACGGAACAGCAUCUUAGGUAACACCUUCUGAACAUUUCUGAACUGCCUGGACUCAGUCCUGACACACUCUGUAAAGGAAACUAUCCCACUACCUGUACUGUCUGUGUAUAUGUGGACAUCUAGGUGCACGUAAGGGUGGUUAAACUGAGUGUGAACAUAUCUUAGUGCUAAAAUAUUACAAAUUCCUGUGUCAUCUGCAGACAUCAAUCAAAGACUGAGCAGGAACAUUUUCACACAAACAGCAAAACAACAACAACAAUCUCUUUAGUCAACACUGAUCUGACACUGUGAACAGACUGUUAAGUCAUCUGGAUAAGUUAGCUGUUACCGAUUAAGAGCUAAGUACUCGGUUGGUGUGGAUAAACUUUUAUCUUUCUCGUAAAAAGUGACGACAUCACCUGCCAGGGAAGAUCUUCUAAGGAAACAUGGAGGACACCAUUCGUCCCCAUGUCACCUCUAAUGGCUGACUUCAAAAGAAAGGCUUAAUCUUCUUUUCCGUGGUCGUAAUCAAACACAGGAAUCCACUGCUGAUCAGAGCCACAGCCCUCCUCUCGUACAACUCCUAAACCGAGCGAAUGUCCUGUCUCAGGCGUCAGCCGAUGGCCAUCCCCAUGGACACCGUCAAGAUCAUCCAGUCGGAGAAGUUUCCUAGAGAGUGCCCUGUGCCCGUCACCCAACCUCGCUAUGCUCCGGCUCCCAGAGUGGCGUGGGACGGUGGUGGUGAAGGAGAAAUCAUUGUCAACCAGGCCUGCAGUGACCUGACACUGGACAUUGCACCGUCCCCCAGACCCAUGAUGUCCCCUCCUGCCCCCCUGAUGCACAGGGAGCAGAGUUUCCUGGCGCAACGCAAACCGAGUGCCAACGAAAUCUGCUACCACCAAUUCCACUACAAGAUGGAAGAUGUCAUAGUCAACCAGUAUGUGCUGCGCUCCUCCUCCACCUCCUCCUCCACUUCCUCCUCGUCCUCGGGGCCAGUCAUGCCUUGCGAGCCCCUCGAAUGCCCCACCUGUGGUCACACUUAUAAUUUCGCCGGGAAACGUCCACGCAUUCUCUCCUGCCUGCACUCGGUGUGUGAGGAGUGCCUGCAGAUCCUCUACGAGUCCUGUCCCAAGUACAAGUUCAUCUCCUGCCCCACGUGCCGGCGUGAGACGGUGCUGUUCACUGACUAUGGCCUAGCUGCUCUGGCCAUCAACACCAGCAUUCUGAGCCGCUUGCCCUCUGACCCCAACGGGCCUGUGCAGUGGGGCGGGGACGCCGACCGCAGCUGCUACCAGACUGUGCGUCAAUACUGCCAGUCAGCCUGCACCUGCCAGAUUGCCAACCCGUUGUCCUCCUGCGGCAUCAUGUAGACAAGAGGGAGGAGGUGAGGGCGCUGCUUCACACCACCACAACUCUUCUCAUCCAUAAGCUAAACCCACAUUGCCAAGCCCCUCCCCUCACAGUAAAUAACCCCCCAUAGAUGUUAUCUCUCUAUAUUUAAUAGCACAGAUGGAUGCUGUGUGGGACUGAUGAAUCCUGAUGGUUCAGUAUAAAGUAAAUAAAUGUAUUUUAUGUAUGGACUGGAAACCUAUUCACCGUCUCUUGUUUGGUUGGAUGUGUUUGUCAUGACAUCUCUUUACAUGGGAAUGCCAGGGGAGGUGUCUCCCCCCCAACCUAGGUGAAUAAAGAUUAAAUAAACACA